GAUGCUGAUGUUACAGCAUUUGAAAGGAUUCUUCCUGGUAGAGUAGUUACAGACCCUGAUGAUAUUGCACCACAUAACACUGAUUGGUUACAAACUGUCAGAGGGCAAAGUCAAAUUUUGUUAAAACCCAAGACAACUAUUGAAGUAUCUGAAAUCUUGAAAUACUGCAGUGAGAAAAGAUUAGCAGUAAAUCCACAAGGAGGAAACACUGGACUUGUAGGUGGAAGCGUUCCCGUAUUUGAUGAGAUAAUUUUGUCAUURUCCAACAUGAAUACCAUUAUUGAUUUUGAUGAAGUAUCAGGGAUAUUGACUUGUGAAGCAGGAUGCAUUUUGGAAAAUGUCGAUAGUUUUCUUGCUGAUAGGGGCUUUGUUAUGCCACUGGAUUUAGGAGCCAAGGGAAGUUGUCAAAUUGGGGGAAAUCUCUCGACCAAUGCUGGUGGAAUAAGGAUGAUACGGUAUGGAUCWCUGCAUGGAAGUGUUCUUGGACUUGAAGUGGUACUGGCUGACGGUACAAUUGUGGAUUGCUURUCAAAAAUGCGAAAAGACAACACCGGUUAUGACAUAAAACAACUAUUCAUCGGUUCCGAGGGUACCCUGGGAGUCAUCACAAAAGCAUCGAUUCUUGCCCCAACCAGACCAAAGUCGAUAAAUGUUGCCUUCUUGGCCUGCGAUACAUUUGAUAGUGUACUCAAGACUUUCCAGGCAGCUAAAGCAAUGCUUGGUGAAAUUCUCUCCGCCUGUGAAUUCCUGGACAGCCUUUGCAUGACCCUGGUUGAGACGAACCUGGGCUUGCAGAACCCAAUAACACAGAGCUCUUUUUAUGUCUUAAUUGAAACGUCAGGAUCAAAUGGUGCUCAUGAUGAAGAGAAAUUAAACUUGUUUUUGGAAAAAGUCAUGACGGASGGUAUUGUUCAAAAUGGUACAGUUGCAACAGACAUGAGUAAGAUCGGAGAAAUAUGGAGUUUACGUGAACGUAUUGCUGAAAGUUUAACACAUGAAGGCUACAAUUAUAAGUACGAUUUGUCUUURCCAAUCACGAAGUUAUACGACCUUGUGCCUCACAUGAGGAGCAGACUUGGGGAGGAAGCAACGAAUGUCGUCGGGUACGGUCACCUUGGUGAUGGUAAUCUUCAUUUCAAUGUAACCAGCAAAGAACACAGUCGCGAUGUUUUAGAUGGUUUGGAGCCUUAUCUGUAUGAAUGGACAGCGCAAUACAAUGGUAGCAUCAGCGCGGAACACGGUCUGGGAUUCAAGAAACCUGGAUUUAUUCACCUAUCAAAAUCCAAAGAAGCCGUGGAGAUCAUGAAACAUUUGAAAGCGCUGUUCGAUCCUCACAAAAUACUGAACCCUUACAAAACUAUUCUUUAACACGA